AUGGCGGCUAUUCGCGAAGAGGAACCAGCUACGCGAAAACUGUCGUUUCCCGCGGCGUUAAAGGAUUUGCUGCAAAACCUGUCAUUUCAUUGUUAUGGCAAAUUAGUCGAGCACGGUCGUCGCAUUCAGGAGCGAUUCUUUUGGCUUAUUUGCCACAUAACUGCGCUGACCGUCCUAAUUGCAUUCGUAUGGGGCACGUAUAAGGACGCAACGGAUGAGCUGGUGACCACCCUAUACAAUCCAUUAUAUCCCGUAUGCCAAGUCGCCCUGCCCGCCGUCACAGUUUGCACCCAGAAUCGCAUAUCCAAGCGUGCCGUCUGGCAUUACGCACAGGAGCUCAGCGGCAAGGAUCCCAAGCAGCGAAAUGCCAGCUACUUCUAUGGUGAGCUUCGUGCCUUUGGCAUGUUGUACAGUCCCGAGGAAUUGGGCGACUAUGAGCGCGUGCUACGCUUUCAGGGCUUUUUGGAUUCGGUCGAUACUAGGCCCUACGAACUGUUCUUCAAUACAAACAAACGUAUGCGCAUCCUGACACCCAAUUGCAGCGACAUCUUUGUAUCGUGUCGUUUCGCCGGCCGAUCCUUCGAUUGCCUGCAGGAAUUCCGUGAAACGCUCUCGAUCUAUGGAUUUUGUUGCACUUUCAAUUCCGAUGGAGAGUUUCUCAAGGGUCACACGUAUCAUCAGCGCUUUUAUGGAUACGAUAUGGGUCUGGUGCUUACACUCAAAUCUAAACAGGACGAUAAUUUUUAUAAGAUGCAUAAUCUAGACGGCUUUUCGCCGAUGAACUAUCCGGAUCCUCAAUCUGGGGGCGUUGCCAUACGUUAUGUGCAGACGGGUCGUCGCACUCAUCUGCCCGUGCGGCCCAAGAUCUUGGAGACUGUGCCGGAAGCCCGACACAUGAGUCCCGCUGUGCGUAAAUGUCGCUUCUGGGAUGAGACUCCGCACAACUUCACCAGCCGGUAUACCUUCAGCAAAUGCAUCUCCGCCUGCCGCGCCCGCAGCAUGUAUAAUUUGUGUGAGUGCCUGCCCUUUCAGUUACCCAAGCAAUACAUUGGAGACGCCACGGGAGGCGUCUUCUGCACGCUCCAGCACAUGGAGUGCCUCAGGCGCUACAAGUUCAAAUGGCUGAAUGUCAUCACCAGUCGCGCCAAUGUGCCCGGCCUCGAGCAUGAGCUGGAGGAUGCCCUCUACUGUCCCGACUGUCUGCCCUCCUGCACUGAGACGCGCUACAAUGUUCGUGGCGCCGGAGCUCUGGCCCUCAACAGUCUGCAUAGACCUAUGACCAGGAGGCACAGCAAUGGCAGCAGCAGGGGCAUGGCCAAUAACAGUUAUGGCCAUGACAGCUCCGAGUUGGCCGAUGUGCGUAUUUACUUUGCCGAAACGCACAUUCAAUACUUUCGGCAGAUUAUUAAAAACGACUGGUAUGAGAUCUUCAGUACAAUUGGCAACAUCUGCGGCAUCAUAGCGGGCUUCUCAUUGAUUGGCAUCUGCGAGCUGUUAUUUUUCCUAGCCAAACAAUUAUGGCAUGCAUACAAAGCAGAACUGAAGUCGGAGCUCUGCUGUGCCCAUGCCCAUUCUCAUAGUCGAGCCCGAUCCCGGACUCGUCGGGCUAAUGGCCGUGCAACGGCAACUCAGCAGCAGGAGCAGCCCCAGCAGAACCGGCAGCCAAUGGAGCUCCUCAUACUGCCGUAAUUGAGCGAAAGGCCGUGCCAAUUUUAAAGCUCACUGACUUUUAUACAGUUCUCUCAACGCAUUUAUGGAGUAGUGUACCUUGUGUGUGUGUGUUUGUGUGUGUGCGUGUGUGUGAGUGUGUGUGCGUGUGUGUAUAUUGCUGUUGACCUGCGUAACAAAUGUUAAUUAUCGCGCACUGAGCAGCUGCCAGCUGAUUGUAGGCCGGCAGCACAGCUCAAGUGCACUUACUUUGCAUUGUCACAUAAAAAUAAACAGCACCAGGAGACACUCAAACCAACUUAGAAAGCCAGGCACAGAGGCUGGGGCGGGUACAAAAAGGUCCAGACGGUAAAAUUAGCGCCAACCAUCUUGGACAUUUGCCCACUGGCUGGCCGGCAGUUGGCAGUCGAAACAGUCGAAACAGUUAUGGACCACAAAGUCCGGGAGUUGCCCAAACAUUGAGAGCCCGUUUAUCCUUGGCACAUGGCCCGGCUGGCACUUACAAUCAAAAUAAAUUUUUAUUUGCCAUAGUUUGUGCAGAGAUUGACAAAAUGAGUAAACAAAUGAAAUGCAAUCUGUACAUAUGUUCAGUUUCUCAAA